AAUGAGAAGGCUCUCACAUCACAUCUCAUUCCAAAAUUUUGCCCAAAAUCGGCAGUAGCGGAAAGAUGUACGGAUUCAAUUCGGUCACUCUCCUCACCGGCGCCGCCCCCUAUGCGAAAAUCAGGCACUCCUCUCACCGCUGUCUCGCCGGAAUCAGUCAGAUUGCUGACCGCCGCAAAUGUGAGAGGAAAAAGGAGAAUAAGCUGAAGAAGCUCUCGAGUCAUGUGGUGAUGCUCACGUGCCAAUCAUCUGCGGAUACUGGCGUAUGCAAUGUUUAUUUGGUCGGAGCCGAUCACAGUUGUCCGAAAUCUUCGGCAGAAGUUAAGGCCGUGGCGAAAUUCUUGAAACCAGAGGUUUUUUUCCUGGAAUUGUGCUCUGAUCGCACAAAUGCUCUUACACGUGAAAUAGAUAAGGUUCCGACCAUGAGAGAAAUGAUCGAUAUGUGGAAGAAAAAUUAUCAACCUACUUUUAUUCUUUACAAGUGGUUUAUUCCCAAAGUGUAUCCUGGUGAGGUUCCUUCUGAUGGUAGAGAUUUUUACGCGGCAAACGAAGAAGCCAAGAAAUAUGGCGCCAAGGUUAUACUUGGUGAUCGACCUCUAGAUAUUACAUUGCAGAGAUAUCGUGCUAGGACGUCUCUUUGGCAAGUGCACGCCUUCUUAUAUGGUCAAACCACUUUGUGUUAUGAUAUUUAUGAGGAAACCUUUGUCAACGAGCGCGACCUAUAUAUGUCGGCCAAGAUAUUGGAAGUUGCACAAAAGCAUAAAUCAGUGGUAGCUGUUGUGGGAGAGGACCACUUACUAGGAAUCCAGAAGAACUGGAAAAAACCUGUAGACACGGAGCAACUUCUUUAUAUACCAACAGGGAAGAAAAAAGUUGCAUCCAUUGGAGCAGCAGUUGCCAUAAUUUAUGGCAUUUAUUUCUCCAUGAAGAAUUAGCACUCUGCAUUCCACGAGCCUAAUCGAGCCCAGGUGAGAGAUGUUGCAACAAUGAUGUUGCAGAACGUGUCGUAACGCCGUUGCAAUAACCUCAACAUGUCUACGUGGUAGUUGGCAAUAAUAGUCGUCACAAUCAAAUUCCAAGAUUUGUCGAUAAGGGGCUAAACUUGUUGAAGUAUUGAGCUUGAAGGUACUUGCACGGGAGUUCCGGGGCUUCGAGCCAAAUUUUUCAGGCAGUCCGCUCAGUAUGUUUUUUGGCCCAAGUAAAAUCUUAAUGAGCUUACGACCAGGGUUUAGUAAUAAAUAAAUGUUCUCUUUUCUUUGAUUCAACAAUGGAUACAUUGAAAGCAUACAAAGAGUUACACGUUUUUUUAAAACUAUGUAU